AUACUUGAAGUGAAAGUGAAAUACAUUUUUAUAAAGUAGGAAAUGGAUACAAUCAUUCAGUUGUCUGGCGAAGUUUAUUUCGUAUAAACGUUAUGGAGAAAAAUACUAUUUUGCUUCCAAAUGGAGAGUUAAUGCCAAUAAUUGGUUUUGGCACUUGGCAGGCACAAGAAAAGGAAUUGGAAGAUGCAUUGAACAUUGCUUUAGAAGCAGGAUAUAGACAUAUUGAUACAGCAACGUCGUAUGAAAAUGAAAAAGUAAUUGGUGACGUUCUUAAAAACUGGUUUGAUUCUAAAAAACUUAAACGAUCUGAUAUAUUUAUUGUUACAAAGCUUCCUGCUGUAGGAAAUAGAGCAGAAGAUGUGGAAAAAUGGAUUAAAACAUCAUUACAAAAUUUACAAUUAGAAUAUUUAGAUCUUUAUUUGAUUCACGUUCCGAUUGGUUUUGAAAAAGUUGGGGAUAUUUUACAUCCUUUUGACGAGAAUGGCCAAAUUAGACUUGAUAAUAGUACAAAUCACGUAGAAAUUUGGACCGAAAUGGAGAAACAAGUGAAAUGUGGCCGAACUAAAGCAAUUGGAUUAUCAAAUUUUAAUAUUUCUCAAAUCAAGCGAAUUUUAAAAAACACGAAAAUGAAAAUAUCAAUGCUGCAGAUUGAAUUGCAUAUUUAUUUUCAACAAAAGGAACUGGUAAAAUUUUGCAAGCAAGAAAAUAUUCCUAUAACGGCUUACUCGCCACUUGGCUCACGUAGUCUUGUUAAAUUAUUGAAUAAAACAGAAGAAAUUUCAGAUAUGUUACAAAACGAUGUAGUAAUGGAAAUAGCAAAAAACUAUAAGAAAUCAUCUGCACAAAUUUUAUUAAAAUAUAUUGUACAAAAUGGAAUCGUAGUUAUCCCUAAAAGUACAAAUCCUCAAAGAAUUAAGGAAAACAUACAACUUUUUGAUUGGGAACUUAAUCCGGAAGAUAUGAAAAAAUUAUAUAAUCUCGAUCGUGGUGAAUCUAGUAGGAUUUGUGAUUUAAAAUUUUUUAAGGGAAUUGAAAUUCAUCCCGAAUAUCCUUUCUAAAUUUAUAUUAUAUUAUAUUAUAAUAUUAUAGAUAAUAUGAUUUAAUU